AUGAGCCUCAGCGCUGCAAACAACGCCAUACUUCUGAACGAUGGAAACUGCAUUCCCAUCAUUGGGCUCGGCACCUAUGGCGAACCCAAAUCGACCCAGAAGGGGGCCUGUAAGGCAUCGGUGAAAACUGCCAUAGACACGGGCUACCGGUACAUUGAUGGGGCCUACGUCUACGGAAACGAGCAUGAGGUCGGGGAGGCCAUCAGGGAGAAGAUAGCAGAAGGAACGGUGCACAGGGAGGACAUUUUCUACUGCGGAAAGCCUGGAAAUGAAAUCUACCCUAAAGAUGAGAGUGGUAGAUGGCUGUAUCACAAGUCCGACCUGUGUGCCACUUGGGAGGCCUUGGAAGCUUGCAAAGACGCCGGCUUGGUGAGGUCCCUGGGAGUGUCCAACUUUAACCGCAGGCAGCUGGAGCUCAUCCUGAACAAACCCGGACUCAAACACAAACCCGUUAACAACCAGGUUGAGUGCCACCCAUAUUUCACCCAGCCCAAACUCUUGGAAUUUUGCCGACAGCAUGACAUUGUCAUUACUGCAUACAGCCCUUUGGGGACCGCCAGGAACCCGCUCUGGGUGAACAUCUCUUCUCCACCUUUGCUAGAGGACUCACACUUAAACUCACUGGGGAAGAAGUACAAUAAGACAGCAGCCCAGAUUGCUUUGCGUUUCAACGUUCAGCGUGGGGUGGUUGUCAUUCCUAAAAGCUUUAAUCCAGAGAGGAUCAAAGAAAACUUCCAGAUCUUUGACUUUUCUCUCACUGAAGAAGAAAUGAAGAGCAUUGAACGUCUGAAUACAAACAUUCGCUUUGUGGAGUUGCUCAUGUGA